AUGUCACACCACACGAACGGGUGCACGAAAGCCGACUGGCGCCGUGAAGCGCCGUGCACCGUGCAAAGUGACGAAAUAAUGGCCGAGAGUGCAGUGGACGUGCCGAAAGCGAAUGAUAAAUAUUGUACGCAUCAGCAGCAACAGCACCGUUCAAGUGCAGCAGCGACCGACACGGCCGCCAGCAGCAAUAGUGCCGCGAAUGCAAGCAAUAACACUAACAAUAAAAGUAGCAAGAGCAGCAGCAGUAACUGCUUCCCGCAAACUACUUCACCACAGCAGCGCCCACAACAAAAGGCAAUGUCCUCCGCUGGGCUAGGCGUGCAUUCUGCCGCUGCUGCUGCUGCUGGUGAUGCAGCAGCGUGCAGCGGGGGCGAUCCGAGUGCUGACGAAUCCUCUAGCAACGCUACGGUCGAUCCGCCUACUGCGACAGUAUCACAGACAGCAUCAAAAGAGCCAUCAUCAUCGCCGCCGCCGUCAUCCACUUCGUCAUCGGUGGUGGUGGUAGAGCCGACGGCCAAUGUUGUGGACAGCAGUGGGCAGCGCCAGCAAGCUGCGAAAAAUCACGUAGACCCAACGCCGCAGCAGCAGGCAGCAGCAGCAGCGGAAAUGGUGGCUAAAAAUAAUGAUAAAAGCUCAACCCCAGCUAAGGACAACAACAUUGGCAGCGGUGGCGGCGGUGGCGACGGUGCCAUCCACAGUUCUGAUAAUGGUUUGUCCAAAAGCCACAAGAAGAAGAGUAAGAGUAAGGAUAAAGAACGCGACCGCGAUAAGGAUCGAAAGCGACGCCGUACGGAGGACGAAACAUCAUCAAAUCCAAAAAUUGGCACGAUUAACCAACUGGCUAAGGAAGGAGAAGGCAGCACUUCAAGCAACAAUCUUUCCACCGUCAGCAAAUCGCCAACAGUUGCCGCCGCUGCUGUAACGAAUGGCACCGUAACGAUGGCCACCAAUGGUUCCGCCGCAUCAACAGUGUCCGUAGUACAAAGUAAAGAAAAUCAUCACCAACAUCAACUGGCCGAAUUUGCCGCAGCCCAGCAGGCCGUGAAACGGGAACUGUCGAUCGAAACGACUUCCUGUGUCCCACCGGUAGCGACCGCCAUCCUGAAAGCCGGCGGUUCCCCAUCAGCAGCCGCAGCUGCAGCGGCUGCCGCCGUGGUUGCAGCCGCGGCCGGCACACCGAUAUCGCCCAUCAAUUUGCUCCUGAACCUGGAGCGCAGCAAAAACGAGCAGACACAGAUGAAGAAACAGGACGUGUUUAUCAAAAAAGAGUAUCUGCCGGCCAAGAGCAAGCUGAUAAAAGUGGAAAAAACGCGCGAAGACGUGACGAGGGUGCUAAACUUUGCCGGCGACACAGCAACAGCAGCAGCAGCAGUGACAUCCGGGAUCGGCGGUGACGAAAUGGGGCAGUAUGCUCCACUGAAUGGCGGCAUCCCGAGCCAGAUCAUCGUUCCAGAGAGCGCCACCGACAGUAGCGCCAAUGGCGGUAGCCUUAUAUGCCUUGCAAACAGUACAGCCAAUAAUGUGACUAGCAACAACAGCAACAACAACCACAGUACAACUGCAUCCAACUGCAACCCACUAGCGAGUAAGACGAGUUCUAAUAUAUUGAUCAAAAUAGAAUCGCCGAAAAACAGCGACGACAAAGCAACCCUGCUCACGAAGAAGGAAAAGACACAUCAGCACCCAGCGAACGACGCUGGCGCCUUACCGUUGGCUGCCGCUGCUGUUGGGAUCAGCGAAGUUCCAUUCAAAACGGCGGCCGUCCCAGGUACUGCACUCAAGGAACACCCGCCAUCGGAGGGUGCUGCGCCGGGGAAGGUGAAACAUUAUGAACCAAAUCCACCGAAGCAGGCUGAGCACAAACCGGCUGUCAGUAGUGGUGCUUCAAAUUUAAUGUCUUCGAACAGCAGUGGCCAGAAGAGCAGCAGUAGUGGUGGCCGCGAAUGCUCACGGUGCUACAAGCGGUCUAAAAUCAAACGUGCCAACAUUGGCAUUCAAUGUCGCCGAGGCGGCGGUAGUAGUGUUGCUGGGCCAACCACUGCACCGCAGUCUGCUGCAACCGAUUCGGUGUCCCGCAUUGGAUCGAUCAAUCGCAAUGCCAACUGCGGUUUGCGAACGAAAUUACUGGAAGGGCUAAAGUAUGGACGCUUUAUGCGGAUCGAAGUGCACCCAAACGGCGGCGCUUCGGUGGUGCACAUGUACCAGGACGAGAUCGCGAUCCUAUCGGAAACGGAAAUGGAAGAGCUGGUGCAAGAAUUUUUUCAAGUUGUGUUCGCCGAAGAUAAGGAUGGAUUCGCCCAUCACGUCAUGGGGAUCGUGCAUGACGCUGCGGCCUAUCUGCCCGAUCUGCUCGAGCACAUGGCGGAGAACUACGCGAACCUGACGGUCAAGGCCGGUGUGCUGGGACGCAACUCGGACAUUGAAACGUGCACCAUGAGUCAGUACAAUGAACAGGUGGUGAAAAACUAUUCUCAAGGUACCGUAAGGUAUGGGCCUUUGCAUCAGAUCAGUCUGGUGGGAAAAGUGCACGAAGAAGUGGGCGGAUAUUUUCCCGAUCUCUUGAAGCGACUGGAGGACAACCCGUUCCUCAAUAAGGCCAUGCCGUGGGGCGAACUGUCCAUAGUCCAAAUGGAUCCGCGACUAUCAAACGACGGUCCAAUUUUGUGGAUUCGGCCGGGCGAGCAGCUCGUGCCGACUGCGGAAAUCAACAAAACGCCGUUGAAGCGCCAAAGGACUCGGAUAAAUGAGCUCAGAAACUUGCAGUACCUGCCGCGGUUGUCGGAGGCACGAGAAACGAUGAUUGAAGAUCGGACAAAGGCUCACGCGGAUCACGUGGGUCACGGGCACGAUCGAAUGACGACGGCGGCAGUGGGUGUUUUGAAAGCGGUGCGGUGCAACAUUACAGAUGAGCUGAACCGGAUCACCAAAGAUGUGGUCGCUUUCGAUGCUCACUGCUUCCCACAUCUGGUGGAGAAGCUACAGCUUGACCUGCACGAGCCACCUAUAUCGCAGUGUGUCCAGUGGGUGGAAGAUGCCAAGCUGAACCAGCUGAGGCGCGAAGGAAUCCGUUACUCGCGGAUAUCGCUUUACGAUAACGAUAUCUACUUUCUGCCCCGCAACAUCAUCCACCAGUUCCGCACGGUGACGGCCGUAACGAGCAUAGCGUGGCACCUGCGACUGAAACAGUACUACCCCGAUCAGGACAUUGUGCAGGAAAUCGCGCACGGGUACGAGGUGGAUCCGCCACACUACAAAGAAAAGCAAACGAUCCUGCCGCAUCCGAUAUCGGCGGCCGACGAAAAAAAGCACACCCCAAUCAAGCGCACGCACGAUGGUCGGCCAAAGCUGAAGCCAGAAUCGGCCAAGAAGGACACACCACCACCGUUGGCGGCGGCACCAUUUUCGUCGCCCAACUCGCGAUCCUCGGCGUCGGUGAUCGACGAUAAGGCGGGAGACAAAUGCGAAUCUUCCGUCCGAGAUUCGCCGGUGGAAAAGCACUCGGCACAAGAGGCCAAAAUUGAUAUGCGAAAAUUGAUUCGUGAUGACAAAACUUCCCCCGCUGGUGGUGGUCAACAACCGUCCCCGACAGCAGCCACCGGGGCCUCCGGGGUCGGUAAAAGCGUUUCGAAAAACGUGAGCUCCUCCUCUUCAUCCGACAAAGGGCAUCAUUCGGAUCGAACCGGAGGCAGCGCGAGUUCGACAAAAGGCAAUUCCAAAGCACGUCACUCGAACAGUGACGAUCGUGACCGCAAUCGAGACCGGGAUCGAAAUCGCGAUAGGGACCGGAAAGAUCGUGACAAAAAGGACCGUGAUCACGACAGAUACCGAGCUCGCGAUCGCGAUCGAGGACGAGACAAAGACAGGCGCAGUAGCAGCAGCAGUAAGCAUCAGUCAUCGUCGUCCAGUCGAAAAUCGGCAUCUGCUUCGUCGUCAUCGUCCUCCGCACACAGGCAUCGUCACGGAACGGUGGGUGCACCGGACGAAGAAGGUACCCGUAGCCAGAAAUCUGCGUCGCACUCAACAUCAUCUUCGCACAGUGGCAGUGCUAGUAGCAGCCGCCGAGAGUCUACCUCGAGUGUGACGCGCGAGAAAGAAUUGCAACCUUCGGAGGAACCGUUGCCCAUGGUGCCACCAGCCGGUCUUGGAGGAGACAGUAGUGAUCCAAGCGAUGCCACAUCCCGGUCUGCCGGUGCCAUGGCAAAGGAAGACACAGAAACAAAGGAGGAACGCCUCGGGCAACCGCACGAGAGCGAUGGCUGCGUCAACAAUUAUAAGACUGUGAUAAAUCGAAACCACUCGGACACGACGACGGAUCGGGGGAAGGAGUCGCUGUUUGCCCCGCAGACCACCAUCAUCUCCACGAUGGUCACCGAUCACAGUGUCACCGAUGGCAGCAAUAAUAAGGUCGAAGAUGACAGUGUCGACGAGGGAAUGCCUUCUAAGCUUCCGAAAGCUGAAUUGCAGCUGGAACCACCACCGCCGCCGCCAACGCAACCACCCCUACCACCACCGCUUCCGACAGAUUUACCUCAACCGCCGUUACCGCUUUCUGCACCGCCUGGCUUAGUACCACCACCGCCGCCGCCGCUACACUCGGAACACCCGGUGCCACCACCGCCACCACCAUCGGUUGCCGGCAGGCAACGAGAAGCAGAGGAUGCCUUAGAGAACUCAACACCAAAGUUGAAAGAAAGUAUUCACAACACGCUGAGCAAGACACACGGACAUAGUAGCAGCUGCGGUGGCCCUAGUAGUAGCGCCAAAACUAGCAAUAUCUGCGGAGCCGUUGUCAGGAAAAGUGGCUCCGUUCCGGUUGCUGCUGCUGCUCCUGAUCAGGAGCCAAGAAGCCACAAGAAAUCGAGCGAUCUGUUGAGCACGAUAAUGGCCAGCAUGUCCGGCACAGUGCCCGCCCAGAGUAGAAGCGGUUCGAACAUUUAAUCAUUUGUUAGAAGAUUACUCCGCCGGUGUUUGGUUUGGUAAUCUUGCGGCCUGCAAGCAAACAGAACGCUGUCUCGAACCAAGCGAUUCGCUGUGCCCUGCCCCAUUCGUUUUGGGUCUGUGAUUGGUGUUCCCAAUCAAUCACACAUACACACACAGUAUCAACCUUGUACAGUAUCAGCUGGGGGGCUUUGUUGUGUUGGCUAUCCUCUAGCGACUGGCAUGCUUAAUAUUUUAAUUAUUACGGUACGGUGCAGUAUUUAUCGGUUUUACCAUGUAAAUUGUGUAAAUCUCCAAAACUACACCCAUGGUCAACACGCUGGAAUUAAAAUGCAUAGGCUUAGGUUUGUUGCUGUUUAGCGGUUCUUAUUGCUGUAUUAUAGGUUCGUAGGACGGAUCGGCGAGAGUUUUGCGGUUUUCAAUCCGUAGUACAUGAGAUAUGCUACCGCGGAUUCUGCUUUAUAAUUUAUGUAACUUAUACGCACACAUCAUUUCUUGCUCCGCCGCCGCGGUAAAACGCCCAGUGUGUGAGAUUUUAACAAUAUAUACAUAUGGCUUUAUUGCCCCUCUGGAGCAAUGAUGUUAGUAGGAAAAGCGAU